AAAGAACAAAACCCCUAGAACGUGCUGAAAAUGUCCCGGUUAGCAAACAGCGCUGGCGAUUGGGCGGACGACGAAGAGUUCGACGAAGCCGCCUCCCUCCCCCCACAGCAGGUUAUUUCCAACAAAGAUGGCACGAAGACUGUGAUAACGUACAGAUUCAAUGAUGAUGGCAAGAAGGUCAAGACUACCCGGCGGAUUCGCACAACCGUGGUCAAAGAGCACGUAAAUCCUCGCGUCGCGGAGCGCAAAGCGUGGGCGAAGUUCGGCCUCGAGAAGGGCCAUGCUCCUGGUCCGUCUCUCGACACCACAUCGGUGGGAGAGAAUAUUAUAUUCAGGCCCUCGGUGAACUGGAAAGCUCAGGCUAAGGAGGUGGAGAAGGCUGGUGGCGAGAAGGGCGGUUUGAAGGAUCAGCUCAAGGAUAAGAAGGUGAAAUGUCGUAUUUGUAGUGGAGAGCAUUUCACGGCCAGAUGUCCCUUCAAGGAUACCAUGGCGCCAGUUGAUGAGCCUACUGGUCCGACUGGUGGCGAUAAUGAAGAUGAAGAACGGCCCGCGGGCGCUUUGGGCAGUGGUGCGACCGCUUAUGUCCCUCCUGCGCUUAGAAAGGGUGGUUCUGGUGGAGAGAAGAUGGCCGGUAGAUAUGAGAGGGAUGAGCUGGCGACACUGCGUGUCACAAAUGUCAGCGAACUCGCUGAAGAAGGAGAGCUUCGUGAUAUGUUUGGCAGAUUCGGCCAUGUUACAAGAGUUUUCCUUGCCAAGGAUAAAGAAACCAAUAUGGCUAAGGGCUUUGCCUUUAUCAGUUUUGCUGAUAGAGCGGAUGCUGCUCGAGCUUGCGAAAAGAUGGACGGCUUUGGCUAUCGACAUUUAAUUCUCCGAGUCGAGUUCGCAAAGAAGACGACAUGAUUGUUCUUAUGAUUUUAGCCUAUUCACGUCUCUUAACGGGUCUUCGUUUACCUCUGUGUUUCCCAUUAUUCUCUCUAAACUAGCUUACUUAGCUGGCGCCUGUUUUUCAGCUCACCAAAAUUUGUUCUCAUGCUUAUGGCCAGAAAUUGUCG